UUUUUCUCAAUAAAAAAAUGUAAACAGAGAAAUUCUUAUGUGAAAACACAUGAAUUUAAAGGCGGUCCUUUUGCGACGUUUUCAUCAUUGUGGAGAUGUGGAGCUAUGUUAUGUUAUUUCUUUUGUCUGCGGAGAUAGUGGACGCAAACAUAAGAAACUCAACGAACGAAAAGUUUUCGUUUGCCGUAAAUUUUAGCGAGCGACAAAUUGGUACCAUAAUUGGCGUUGUAUUACUGAUAUAUUUAAUUGGAUGCGUGUUAAUUUUACUCUCUUCAAGCACAACAGGAAGCACUGGUUUUCAUACCAAAAAUAUACAAUUUGCAAUCAAUAAAAAUGGAUUCAAAGAUGAAUUUUCCCCUCAAACAGCACGAAGAAGAAGACUGACCACGAAGUCAAAAGCGUCCUGAUGGUUGACAGUGCAUGACGAAAAAUCUGGCGUCUGAUUGGCUAAUGCUGAACGGAAUGUUUCUAUGAUUGGUCAAUAUUAGACCUUAGUCUUACCUGGUUGAGCGGAAAACAUUAGCUUCGUUUGAAUUCAAGCUAAUUUAUAACACUUAGAGAAUAAACAUUUCAAACUUACUAAGAAUAUCACAGAGUCGUUUCUUCCGGACUAGUAACUUCAACCAUUUUCUUUUCUUUCUUUCUUCGCUUAAGCGAACGAAAUCUAGAAGUUGCGUUAAGUCGUUUCGUAAAGUCGUGGAGUUUAAACUUCCGCUGCGCUCACCUGAAAUUAAAAUAGUAACCGUAAGCACCUGGGAACAAAGUUGGUAGAUAUACAGGUAAAAAGCAGGCAAAAAACAGCCGCACAGAUAGAGCACUGUAAUUUUGAUGAUUAGGUUGCUAUAAAUAGUUCUAGCCACUAUAAACAAA